GGCUGAUCGACCCGCCUCCUCCCAGACAGCAGCGGACAUGGCGGAGUACAGCCAGGUGGGCCUCCUGGCGGCUCUGCUCCUCUUCACAGCACUCACGGUCCGGGACGUCUAUCUCGGCCGUUCGGGCCUGCAGCUGGAACAACAGCCGACCGGAAGCUCUGGCCUCUCCCCGGACACCUUACCGGACAAUGGACCCGGAAGAACCGCCAAGCCCUCGCUGUACUCUGGGCCAAUGCUGAAGUUCCAGUACUGUAUCUCCUGAGGAUACAACAAGGCGUUUCAGGAGUACUCUCGAGCCAUCAGCCAGUUGUACCCGGACAUGCGCAUCGAGGGUGAAAACUUCCCCCCCACCGCCUUCAACAGGUGUGCUGGUAACCUCAUCUCUUACCUGAAGCUCCUCUCCAUCCUGCUGAUCGUCAGCGGUCAGAAUCCCUUCAUAUUUCUCGGGAUGGACACUCCAAGGGCUUGGAACUGGACUCAGGACAACAAGAUCUUCUCCUGUCUGAUGGCCUUCUUCCUCUGUAACAUGAUGGAGACUCACUUCCUGUCUACAGGAGCCUUCGAGGUCACUCUGAACGAUGUCCCUGUGUGGUCGAAGCUUCAAUCGGGUUACGUCCCAAACAUCCAGGAGCUCUUCCAGAUCCUCGACAACCACCUAAAGAUGAACCAGGUGGAUCCCAUGAGCUUCUCUUCAUCUUAGAGCUGCUCAGGUCAACACACUAAGGAACAUCAAAGAGCUGUGCUGCGUUCAGGUGUCCCGGCUUAGUGGUUCGUUCAGCCGCCGGCGUUCAUGAAGGCCUGGCCUUAAAGCAGACUCUGCGGGGCCUGGCCGGAUGUCUCCCGCCUCAAAGUGAACGUUCCCUCUGUGCUGGGUCACAACAGCACUACAGUACGCAUAACGCACCCGUUUCUGUUGGUACGGUUUGAUUUUACUUAAGCCUAGUUUAUGCUUCUGCGUUUUCAGAGCGACGCAGACGCAAAACCCCCUUGCGUGUCCCUUGCGUGCUUUUUCACACCUCCUUGCGUGCAUCGACCCAUUUUUCGAAAGUGACGCAAGCCUCCUGCAGCGCACAAGGCUGUGAUUGGUCUGCUAACUACGUCCUUUAUAGAGUCUCAAAUUUCCGCUUUCAUAGCCCGAUACCGCCAUUAUUAAAACGAAGAAUGUUUACAAGAGAACGGAUCAGAUUGAAGAGCUUUUGUCGGAAGAAAUGCGUAAAUAUGACCGCUUAUACAAGCCGUCAUUGGCGAACGGCUUCCCGAUUCAUGGAGGGAGAUCUCCGCAAAAGGUGCACAAAGUUGUGGAGGAAAAUACGCGACAAAUGUCAUCUUCAACAAAACACGUGACUCCACCUGUUGUUCUGGAGGUGAAUCGCUCUGCAACACACGCAAGACUUUACAACCAGGAAUUAAAACGAGUCGGUCGACGCAACGACGCAGAAGCAUGCGCCAGCCUUUAGUUACAAGUUAGAGGUUCAGUUUGUUCAGAAUGAAACUGUUAGCUUCAUGGUCAUUAGCACCAGACAGGAAACAAAUAAAUGCAAAUGCAAUCAAUAAAAUCUGGUUCAUGUAACAAACUAA